AUGUACGCAAAGGAAAAUGAGUAUCUGGAAGAGCAUGCUACUUUUCCACAGGAAAAGACAGGGUUCCGAGGACUGAAAAAAAACACCAAUGCCCCGGACAUAACAGUCAAAAAAGGGCAAACAGCAAGAGAUCAACAAGUUAAGGAGAACCCCAAUGCUCCAGACAUAAGUCCCGGAGAAAGACAAAGAGCCAGAGAUGAACAAGUUAAGGGAAAUCUCAAUCUUUCGGACGUAAGUCGCAGAGAAAGACAAACACCCAGCGAGCGACAAGUUGAGGAAGAACUCAAUAACCCGCACAAGGCUGCCGAAGAAAGGCAAACAGCCAGAAAGCAACACCUUCAAGAAUACUGUCGUAAACACACCUGCAACAAGAGUCUUGGAACAGAAGAUGUGCACAUGCUUGCAGUCGACGAUGACUUAAAAUUCAUCUACUGCGUAGUGCCCAAGGGAAAAUUCGAAGGCUCCAAACCAAGUCCCGACGACAAUCAAAAGGCGAGAAAACAACGACUUCAUGAAUAUCGCCUCACACACGUGUUUAACGAGAAGCCAAAAGAGGAAGAACUUCAGUACAUUGCUGUAGAGGACAAACACAAAAUUUUAUUUUGUGCACUCCAAAAAGUAGCUUCUACAACCUGGUUACAACUGCUGAAAAAUGUUCUUGGAAUUAAAGGCAGUCGCUGGAGCGCUUUCUCAAGAUUUAGUGAAUACUCGGAAGAAGACAGGUCGUUUAAGCUCAAGACUUAUUUUAAGUUCUUUUUCGUUCGUGAGCCGUUAGAACGCUUGCUUUCGGCUUACAAACAUAAAUUUAUACGAACCCCGGACUACACCGAGAAGAUUCGGAAAAUUAUAGUACAAGCUCUUCGACCUCAGGAUUAUGAGCCACAAGGGGAAAAUUUCGUUAGUUUCUCGGAAUUUAUUCAGUAUUUUUCUAGUAACAUAUCGCGCAAUCAGCACUGGAGACAGUAUGAAAAGAUCUGCCACCCGUGCGCUAUAAACUACGAUUUCAUUGGUCACUUUGAGACCAUGGGAGCUGACGGGCCAGUCGUACUAAAAAUGGCGGGAAUUGACGACCGCGUAACUUUCCCGCCAAUCCACAAAUCAACCGGCUCAGAUGAAGUGUUGGAGUACUAUUCCCAGGUUCCUCCUCGGUAUAUCAAGCAGUUGGGCGAGCAGUAUCGCAAUGACUUUGAAAUGUUUGGCUAUGAUUAUUUGGGUCAUGUACAACCCCUCCUCAAUAAAACCAAGCAAAGAACAAAUUUCAAAACGUAA